AUGUGCACCCGUGACGAUGCAGACGACCGCAUCAGUGCAUCGCGUGCGAAAGCCAAUGUUCCUCGACAAUUUAUCUGUGACCUAGAAUCUCAGUUGGAGCAACUUCAACUUGAACACGACAGACUGCUUGCGGACGAUUCAGUUCAUGUCAGAGAUGCAGAAAGCCUCCAUUCGAAGACCUCCCAUGACGGUGAAGGUUCGCCUGCUGAAGCGGCACAGCGCAGUCGUGCCGUCUAUCCCACCUUGGGAACCUCUAGCCAACAUGCGCCUCGUGAACGUAGAAUCGGAAGCAUCCAAGCCGAUUUGAUUGAUCUGGGAGGUGCUCGAGGCGAAGCACACUAUCUCGGAGACUCAAGCGGGUUACACAUUGCACGAGCUGUACUGGAGACUGCUCGGCAAAACGACCCAAACUUGGAUGCAUUCUCUGUCCAUGAGAGUCCACCGCUUGCCAACGACACUUCAUGUCCUACAUUUAAUGGGCCGGCGACUUUGCCAGGCUACGAAACCACCCAAGAACUCACACGUAUAUUUUUCUCUCAUUUCCAGGUUCAGUAUCCGAUCUUGGUCGAGGAGGAAUUCUUACAAGAAGUUUUGAGUCUUUCCACCAGCCGACAGACCGGUGACCCUGGUGCUUCACGCGUGAAACCCCAAUUCAUGCUCACAAUGGUGAUUGCCAUUUCUCUUUCCUGUCUCUCUAGGAGUAAUUCCCACACAGCUGCUCUCGCAGAGAGUUAUGCUAAGAAUGCACUGCUGGACCUCCCGGUAAUUCUGCAAAGGAAGGACACACAAGCGUUGCAGUGUACUCUACUUUUGCUUCUCUACUCUUUGCUCACCCAGACCAAAACACCGACCUGGUAUAUUUCUGGACUCUGCACGAGGAUGUGUGUGGACCUUGGGCUGCAUAGCGAAUCUUCAAUCCUGUCCCAGGAUCCCGACUUUCAGACUGAUACAGAAGAUCGAGUGAUCGAUACAAAGAGACGUUUGUUCUGGGUCACUUAUUCCUUCGACAGGACCUUGAGCACUAUUCUCGGACGCCCGUUUACUCUCCCCGAAGAGACAAUCGAUGUAAAGUAUCCAUGCUCCACCAUAUCAAUCGGUAAACGUGAGCAGGUGGUGCACUGGCUGCGUUUGCAGAGAAUUCAGAGCCAGAUGGUGCUGAAACUAUACGGACCGACCAAAACACAUCACCAAGGUAACGAGGGUGGCCUCCAUACCUGGGCCGGCGAAAUAUCUGCCAGCUUGGAAGACUGGCUGCAGACAAGUCGACGGCUGGAGAACGACGACCUUCAGGAUUCUGACUGGUGGACUUACUGGUACUACAAUACGCUCUUGUUCUUGAAUCGACCAUCUCCAAGCCGACAUGAGUUCGACCCUAGCCAACUCGUCACUUGCCUUGCAGCGUGCAAAAAUACUAUCCAGCUCGCGUUCAUUCGACAUAACACCAAAUUGACUGGCUUCACUUGGCUGGAUCUCCAAUAUCAACUCUCAGCAGGAAUCACUCUUCUGUUUGCCCUUCGGACUUGUUCGGACGUUCGUGUGGAGGCGAAGCGAGACUGGACCACAAUAAAGAGCUGCUUAGUGCAAUGGGAGAGUGUGCUCAAUGAAAUGAUCAAGACGUGGCCAAAGGUCAGCCGCGCAAGGGAUAUUCUUGUCACUUUAGCGCAACAGACAUCAGAAGUGAUGGAGAGGGAGAUCAGAGGUAUUCCACAGUCUCGUUCACGCGGGGCAGGCUCACAACCCUCUCAAAAUUUACCAUCGGCAGCUAUUGAUACAUGGUUGACAUUGAACACUAGCAAAUACGCGGCUGCCCAGCAUAGGUCGGAAAGCGAAUGGCGUGCUCCUGGAGCAGACUCGAAUGGUAUGCAAUGCCUCCAAACUCUUCCAGAAGAGAGCUCAGGGGAGGCCAUGCGUCAACAAACUUCUGCUACAAACGACGAGACUGGCAGAGCAUUUGGCACUAGAAGCUCGUUCUCAGGGCUGUCAACAUCAAAUACCAUAUUUAACGCCAACAAUCUUCUUGAGUCUGGUCACAUGCAACCCGAAGAGUAUCCAUGGGACUGGCACAACUCAUUGGAAAUCCAGGACUCUUUCCAAGGGUUUGAGACUUUCCAGUACUUUGGAAACAUUGGACGACUGCCAUACGACGAUAUGGCCAUCUUCGGUGACUUCGACCCCAUGGAGCCUUCCUACAUGGAGAGUGCCUUGAACUUUGAAGGCGAUUUCGAGAUGACAUAA